AUGAUGAUGAAUAGAGCAGCAGCGACUAAACAACUCCUACGCCCGGCAAUCAGGCGUAUCAGUACAGCACGCCCACCGCCGAUUAGAUACGGCCUGUUAUGCAGCGCAGGACUGGCAUUCACAUUCGCCGUGACAGCAUCGAAGCUGUCGCUGGAUUCAGACGCCCAGAAUAUUCCCCAAGAGGCCAUAUCACUCGCAAACCCCGCCAAAGCGCGCUACAUAGCGUACGAGGAGAUCGAGAAGCACAACAGCGCAGAAUCGUGCUGGGUGAUUAUCGAUGGACAGGUAUAUGACGUAACUGAUUUCCUUGCUUCACAUCCGGGUGGAGCCAAAGUGAUAGUGAAAAACUCAGGCAAAGACGCUACACAGCUCUACGCGCCCAUACAUCCAAAGGGAACUAUAGAGAACAAUUUGGCCCCGGAAUGCCAUCUCGGCGCUGUCGAUCCAACGAGUCUGCCCGAGAUUGAGGACGAGGAGAAUGACGAGCAACGCAGGAUACGCGCGGCUAGAGAGCACCUCCCGCCUCUCGGCGCGAUGGUGUCUCUGGAGGAUUUCGAGAAGCUCGCUACACAGAUAUUGCCCAAUACGGCGUACGCAUACUACUCGAGUGCGGGGGACGACGAGAACACGCUGCGGGAGAAUGUCGAUGCGUGGAAGCGGUACUGGUUCAGGCCGCGUGUGCUCGUCGACAUCUCCUCGAUCGACCUCAGUACUGUGGUGAUGGGCGCGAAGAGUGCACUGCCUAUCUUCAUCAGUCCAGCAGCGAUGGCCCGACUCGGUCACCCGCUAGGCGAAAUUAACCUCACCAAGGGCGCUGCGCAGACCGGUAUCGUCCAGGGCAUCUCCAGCAACGCUAGCUGCACUCUGGAGGAAAUGUGCGACGCGAGGAGCGAGGGCCAACCACUUAUCUUCCAGCUCUACCUCAAUUGGGAUAGGCAGAAGAGCUUGGAAAUAGUACGCAAGGUGGAACAGCUCAAGCUGAAUGGAAUCAUGUUCACCGUCGACGCUCCAGUACCGGGAAAGCGCGAGAGAGAUCUGCGCGCCAAGGGCGACUUCGACGACGAGGACGGAGGUACGAAGGGAGUGGCACAGGCAAUCAGUGGCUAUCAGGCAGCAGAUCUGUCCUGGAAGGAUGUCGAGUGGCUGAAAUCAGUCACAGACCUCCCGAUCAUCAUCAAGGGCGUGCAGUCGGUCCAAGAUGCUAAACUCGCAGCCAAGUCUGGUGUCAAGGCUAUAGUGCUAUCCAAUCACGGCGGCAGACAGCUCAAUUUCGCGCCUGCUUCGGUGGAUGUACUGAGGGAGAUACGCGAGGAGGCGCCAGAAGUCUUCGAUGAGCUGGAGGUGUAUGUAGAUGGUGGAGUAAGACGCGGGACAGACGUUCUCAAGGCGCUUUGUUUGGGAGCUAAAGGAGUUGGUUUAGGGAGACCAUUCCUGUACGCACAAAGUGCAUAUGGAGAGCAGGGUGUAGUGAGAGCGGUGCAGAUUCUAGAAGAAGAAUUGGCAACGGGGCUUCGUUUGCUCGGUGCUACAGAUAUAAGCCAGCUCAAACCAGAAAUGAUAAGAUAUUUAGACAGAAAGAUAAAUGCUGGACAAGCAGGUAACCAAGUUAGCAGAUCGUUCUGGGAGACGCUCCUUAUCGAGCAUGGCCUCACCGAAGAUGGCCACCUCAAGCCAGAUACUACAGAUAUACAGACUGAGAGACUGAACGUCUAUUUCAACGAGGUUGCACAUGAUGGCAAGACGCGCUACGUUCCAAGAAGCGUUAACGUGGAUCUAGAGCCUAAUACUAUGGAGGUCCUCAGGCACUCCAACAUCGGUGGCCUCUUCUCCCCAAAUAGCUUCGUUAACGGACAAUCUGGCGCUGGAAAUAACUUCGGUAAAGGUUACUACACAGAGGGUGCUGAACUCGUCGAUCAGAUUCUCGAUAUUACGCGUCGUGAAGCAGAGAACACAGACUGUCUACAGGGAUUCCAGCUUAAUCAUUCCCUUGGCGGUGGUACAGGUUCUGGUUUAGGUACUCUGCUCAUGAGCAAGCUUCGUGAGGAGUUCCCCGAUCGUAUGAUGUCCACAUUCUCUAUCAUCCCAUCCCCAAAGGUAUCAGACACUGUGGUUGAGCCAUACAACGCAGUACUUGCAACAAAUCAGUUAAUUGAAAACUCAGACUUGACUUUCAUGUUGGACAACGAGGCGCUAUACAGAAUUUGCCAGAACACACUUAAAACUGAUUCACCAAACUACGACAGCCUUAACGGUCUGAUUGCUAGAGCAAUGGCAGGUGUUUCAACAUCAUUGAGAUUCCCAUCUCAGCUCAACUCCGAUUUAAGAAAGCUCGCCGUGAACAUGAUACCUUUCCCAAGAUUACACUUUUUGUGCACAGCAAUUGCUCCAUUAUCGAGCGUUAGGAACAGAUCCUACCAGUCAACUAACAUUCAGGAUCUCACCGCUAGCUUAUUUGACAGCAACAAUAUGCUUGCUCAAAUACCAAAGUACGGUAGAUAUAUGACAGCAGCAGCACUCUACCAAGGACCAAUGGGUAUGCGCGAUAUCGAGGACACUAUAAUGGCAUAUCAAGCUAAGAAUGCAGAUCAAUUUGUUGAGUGGAUUCCACAUAACGUUCUCACUUCACACUGCAGCGUAUCACCAAUAGAUUCCAAGACCGGAGGUACAUUCAUCGCCAAUACAACAUCGGUUCAAGAUCUAUUCCAUAGAAACGCCACAAUGUUUAGUGCCAUGUUGAAGAGAAGAGCGUACUUGCACUGGUACACGGGAGAAGGAAUGGAUGAAAUGGAAUUCACAGAAGCUGAGUCAAACUUGAUGGAUCUGAUUGCCGAGUAUCAACAAUACGAAAACGCGGGAGCUGAGGACUACGACGAAGAGUAUUACGAGGAGGAGGUAGUUGAAGAAAUCACUGCUUUAUUUCCUGCGCUCAAGAGAGAGAUGGACUCAAUUCUUGAUUUUAGUCAAGAUAUCGACGUUGGAUUGCUAGAUCGUGUUGUUGCUGCGUUCUUUGCCGGUGCAGGCCAGGAGCAACAAAUGGCACAGCGCGUACUCACGCAAUUUCAAGAUCAUCCAGACUCGUGGCAAAGAGUGCCUGCGAUACUCGAAUUGAGCCCGAGUCCACAGACUAAAUACAUUGGCUUACAAAUCUUGGAAAAGCUCAUUCAAACAAAGUGGAAGGUCCUCCCCGUUGAACAGCAGCAAGGAAUCCGUAACUUUGUCGUAAACGCCGUCAUAAAGACUUCAGAGGAUGAAAUGACGAUGCGUAGAGAGAAGACGUAUCUCAACAAGCUCAAUCUUAUUUUGGUGCAGAUCCUCAAACAAGCCUGGCCUAAGGAUUGGCCGUCAUUCAUACCAGAGAUCGUUACAUCCUCAAAAUCUAAUCUCAGCCUUUGCGAGAAUAAUAUGGUCAUCCUUAAGCUUCUUUCUGAGGAAAUAUUCGAUUUCUCCGCUGAGCAAAUGACUCAAGCAAAGACAAAAGCACUGAAAAACUCCAUGUGUGGAGAGUUCUCAGAAAUAUUCCAAUUAUGCUCUGAAGUUCUUGAGAAAGCUGUAAAGCCAUCACUUAUCAAAGCCACACUUGAAACUCUCCUCAAAUUCCUCAACUGGAUUCCAUUGGGUUACAUAUUCGAAACCAAUAUCAUCGAUAUGCUUAUAUCUAGAUUCUUGGAAGUACAAGACUUUAGAAACGUUACUUUCAAAUGUCUUGCUGAAAUUGGCGCUCUUAAGGUCACUCCAGAGUAUGAUGCCAAGUUUGUUAUCCUGUUCAACAUGGUCAUGACUAUUGUUAACAAAAUGAUCCCUCCAUCAACUGAUAUCGCUGGUGCAUACGAAUCUUCCAACGAUUCUGACCAAGAACUCAUCCUUAACCUCGCACUUUUCCUCACAAACUUCCUUAGAUCUCACCUCUCACUCGUUGAAACGCCAGAAAACAAAGACGUCCUUCUCAACGCCCACCUUUACCUCGUCAAAAUAUCUCAGGUUCCAGAGCGUGAAAUAUUCAAAAUCGCUUUAGAAUACUGGACAGUCCUAGUCGCGGAACUCUACGAUGAGGUGCAACAAUUGCCAAUGGCUGGAAUGAACCCCCUUCUUGGUUUGAAUAUGAACGUUGCUGGUGCAGCGAGUGGUCAGAAUCUUCGCAAAAAUAUCUACAGUGAAGUCCUCUCUAAUCUCCGUUUAGUCAUGAUCGAAAGAAUGGUUAAGCCAGAAGAAGUGUUAAUCGUUGAGAACGACGAGGGUGAAAUUGUUAGGGAGUUCCUUAAAGAAUCUGAUACCAUUCUCCUUUACAAAGAAAUGAAAGGUGUUCUCGUUUAUUUGACUCACUUGGACGUUUAUGAUACCGAACAAAUCAUGACUGAGAAGCUCGCAAAACAGGUAGAUGGCUCGGAAUGGUCUUGGUCAAAUCUCAACACUCUUUGUUGGGCAAUUGGUAGUAUUUCUGGUGCGAUGAACGAGGAUACGGAGAAAAGAUUCUUGGUUACAGUUAUCAAAGAUCUUCUUGGUCUAUGUGAGAUUAAGCGUGGUAAGGACAACAAAGCCGUCGUUGCUUCAGAUAUCAUGUACAUCGUCGGUCAAUACCCACGCUUCCUCAAAGCUCACUGGAAGUUCUUGAAGACUGUCGUCAACAAGUUAUUUGAAUUCAUGCACGAAACUCAUGAAGGUGUUCAAGAUAUGGCUUGCGAUACUUUUAUCAAGAUAGCUCAAAAGUGUAGAAAGCACUUUGUGAUGCAACAAUCAGCUGAACAAGAACCAUUCAUUGAUGAAAUUCUCCGUAAUCUUCAUCGUAUCACAAUAGACUUGGCUCCUCAACAAGUCCACACUUUCUACGAGGCCAUUGGACAAAUGAUCUCAGCUCAACCAAACAAGCCUGUGCAAGAGAAUCUCAUUGCCAAGCUUAUGGAUAUGCCAAACAACGCUUGGGACUCUCUAAUGCAGCAAGCCGCAAGUAAUGUUGAUGUGCUUUCAGUACCAGAAAACAUCAAGAUCCUUUCAAACGUACUCAAGACUAACGUAUCAGCAUGUAUGUCCAUCGGCAGCUUCUACCUUCCACAGAUUGCUAGAAUCUACAUGGAUAUGCUUGGUCUGUAUAAAGCUGUUAGUGGUGUUAUCAGCGAGACAGUUGCUGUUGAAGGCAUCAUCGCUACCAAAACACCAAAGGUUAGAGGAUUGAGAACAAUCAAAAAGGAAGUUUUGAGGCUGGUUGAAACCUACAUCAAGAAGGCUGAAGAUUUGGAGUUUGUCAUUGCCAACUUUAUUCCACCAUUGCUUGAGGCCAUCUUGUUGGACUAUAAUCGCAACGUUCCAUCAGCAAGAGAUGCUGAAGUUCUCAAUGUUACUGCUACAAUUGUGAAUAAGCUUGGACCACUGCUUACAGAUCAAGUACCACCAAUUCUAGAUGCUAUCUUCGAAUGUACACUCAGCAUGAUCAAUCAGGACUUUGCUGAAUUCCCUGAACAUCGUGUUGGUUUCUUUACCUUGUUGAGGGCAAUCAACAAGCACUGUUUCCCAGCACUCUUACAACUUCCUCCAUCUCAAUUCAAGCUGACAAUGGACUCCGUCGUAUGGGCUAUCAAGCACACUAUGCGUGAUAUUGCUGACACUGGUCUUUACUUGGCGCUUGAGGUUAUUGACAACGUUCUGAAGACAGAUCAAGGUGUUGCAAAUGCAUUCUUCCAAACAUACUACCUGAGUAUAUUGCAAGACUCGUUCUAUGUUCUUACAGACUCGGAUCAUAAGAGUGGAUUCAAGUUGCAAUCAACCUUGUUGGCUAGAUUAUACGGAUUGGUAGCCUCGAACUCAAUUUCAGCACCACUUUACGAUCCUGCACAGGUGGACCCAUCAACAAGCAAUGCUAUUUUCGUUAGAGAUUACUCAGCCAACCUCUUAGCAAAUGCCUUCCCUCACUUGCAACCAGUACAAAUCCAAUCAUUCGUUACCGGAUUAUUCGAAUUGAAUGAAGACCCUGCUAAAUUCAAAUUACAUUUGAGAGACUUCUUGAUCCAAUUGAAAGAAUUACAAGGUGAUCAUGCAGGUGCUCCAGCGAUAGAUCAGGCAAAUGCUCCAGGCGCUGCUGCAAUAGAAUUCGAGCAACAAGAGGAGGAUAGAAAACAACGUGAAGCUGCUAGAAAUGCAGUACCGGGUAUGAUCAAGCCUGCUCUGCUUGAAGACGAGGAACUCUAA